AUGGCACCCACGACCACGAUAUCUCGUAUCCUCGCGUUGUCCGCGGCUUUGGGCCAGACUGCGGCUACCUUCAGUCUCAACACUUCUGGUCCUAGUUGGGCCUAUACAACUAAGGACUUGGGAGACGAGACUUCUCAGACUUGUAAGGAUGCUUAUAGCGCCAAUAUCAAUUGCGAUGAAACCCUCGUCAAGCUUGUGGCGUCAAUGGAUCCAGACUUCGACCCGCAGCCUUCGGACUUGCAGGCUGUGUGCACCACUACAUGCAGUGAUUCCUUGUCGCAGUAUGUCAAAAACGUCAAUGCCGCAUGUGGCAAAGAUGGUGAUCUAGCCGGGAUUGCCAGUGGGAACAAGUAUGUUUAUGAGGCUCCCGUUGCCACCGUGGGAGAGGUUUUCCAGUACAAAUACGGCCAGGCUUGUGCUAAAAGCGGGUCUGACUACUGCUACCUGACAUAUCCCAGCAGUGAUGAUUGGGCCAAAACCGACUUCCCAUGCGACGACAAGUGUGCAAUUGAAUUUUUCCAGAAUGCACACGAGCUACCUGGCUCGGCAUAUUCCUUCAACUACUUUGCUCUCGGUAAUCAGUCAUCAUACUGGCUGGAAACCUAUGCCGGUGGUUGGGAAACUGUGGUUCAGUGCGGCGACGGUGCAAGCGAUGAAAGCUCUGCCAGCACGAGUGCAAGUGCGAAGACCGAUACUACUCACAUCUCAUCCUCUUCCAGCUUGACAAGCACCACAGCGGCUGGCUCUGUGACUCCAACGCCAUCCACAGCGACGGGAACCACUGCAUCAGUUCAGUCUACCUCUGUUCCUACUUCGACUACAGCCACCAGUGGCGCCUCCAGGCUCAGGGCUUCCUUUUUUUAA